UUCUGGCCAGUCUCGCCGCCCCACCCAGCAGCUUCAAGUUGGCCAGGCCUACAGUAGCUCCAGGGAAUUUUUUAAAAAUCAGGGUCUGGAAGUGGGCCUGGGAAUUCAAACCUAGGCUCUUCCCACACCCUUGCUAGGACCUCACUUCCCUAGACUGGCGACUGACUCCCUCUCCUGUGUCCCCACUCCCUCCAUGGGAGAAGGAGCCUAUCCUCUGGCUCACCCCGGGACCCACAGUCCCCAUCUUCCAAACAACCUCCCUCCUUUCUCCCUGCACAGUGAACACAGUCCUGAUUUCUAGAUUUCACCUCCCCUCCCCACCCCCAAGGGACACAGGCCUAACAGGGCCCAACACUUGGGUCAGGGUAGGAGGGCCGGGGCCACAAUGGCCAGUUCCCACGAGAAGCGCCAGCCUGCCUGGCUGUCUUCCACCGGCCCUGCCCUGUGUGCCUGGCGUCUUUCACCCACUGAGAUUGUGGACCAGCCUCCAUCUACACCAAGAACACCCAGCUCUGAAGGAGAUGGGAGGGGCUGAUGCCCACCUGGAGCUCUCUGCUUCCUGCCCACAGUACUGACGAGUACAGAGCUAAAUGGAGCAGCUACUGCAGAAUCCAGUACAGAAUCGGUCCAGGAGGGUGCGGCUGUGGACAGGCCAGCCUCCCCAGCAGGUUCUGGGAGGCACACCUUGAAAGGGGAAGGCAGACAUCCUGAGUGAUGGGCGCCUGUGGCCCUGAGACUGUGGAUGAGGGGGCUAGGCUCCAGCUGGCUUCUGAGGGGCCUGGAAAGGCACACAAGUAGGUCCUUGGCUGAACUGGUGCCCCAGCAGGACCUCGUGUCCCUGCACUGCUGCAGAUGCACCAGCCCUCCCCACGUUGGUGCCGCUGUCACUUCCUACUGGGAUCCUUCCCCCAUCCAGCCACAUCCAGGCUGUGGGACUACACGGUGCCCUGUUCCCCUGGGCAGGAGAAGAGGUGGUGCCUGCAAUGCACCUUCACAGCCAGAGAAGCAGUGAAACCCCUCGGCUAGUCCAGCUGGAAGAGCUAGACCGCAGGAGCCGCGCCAUCUUCCUAACCUCGCCUCGGCCUUCGCUCCACAGUGGAGAGUGGGAGCCUAGCUGUGCUUGAUGCUGAAUGCCUGUUUUGAGAGUCAGCGCCGGCUCAGCACCACCGGCUCAGCACCGCUCCGCAGCCCCUGCCUGCCACGGUCAGCUACGCCCCACUUGGUCUGCUGCGGAGUCCCCAGCCCAGUGCCUAGCCCAGUGGAGCCACCGCCUGUUCCUCGGGAAGGAACAGUGGGACCUGACCGGCCAGAUCACCUCCUCCAAUCCUGCCAGCCUCUGUAGCUGGUCCCGCUCCUGGGUUCUGGCCAUGAAGCCCACCUCAGGCCCAGAGGAGGCCCGGCGGCCAGCCUCGGACAUCCGCGUGUUCGCCAGCAACUGCUCGAUGCACGGGCUGGGCCACGUCUUCGGGCCAGGCAGCCUGAGCCUGCGCCGGGGGAUGUGGGCAGUGGCCGUGGUCCUGUCAGUGGCCACCUUCCUCUACCAGGUGGCUGAGAGGGUGCGCUACUACAGGGAGUUCCACCACCAGACUGCCCUGGAUGAGCGAGAAAGCCACCGGCUCAUCUUCCCGGCUGUCACCCUGUGCAACAUCAACCCGCUGCGCCGCUCGCGCCUAACGCCCAACGACCUGCACUGGGCUGGGUCUGCGCUGCUGGGCCUGGAUCCCGCAGAGCACGCCGCCUUCCUGCGCGCCGUGGGCCGGCCCCCUGCACCGUCCGGCUUCAUGCCCAGUCCCACCUUUGACAUGGCGCAACUCUAUGCCCGUGCUGGGCACUCCCUGGAUGACAUGCUGCUGGACUGUCGCUUCCGUGGCCAACCUUGUGGGCCUGAGAACUUCACCACGAUCUUCACCCGGAUGGGAAAGUGCUACACAUUUAACUCUGGCGCCGAUGGGGCAGAGCUGCUCACCACUACUAGGGGUGGCAUGGGCAAUGGGCUGGACAUCAUGCUGGACGUGCAGCAGGAGGAAUAUCUACCUGUGUGGAGGGACAAUGAGGAGACCCCGUUUGAGGUGGGGAUCCGAGUGCAGAUCCACAGCCAGGAGGAGCCGCCCAUCAUCGAUCAGCUGGGCUUGGGGGUGUCCCCGGGCUACCAGACCUUUGUUUCUUGCCAGCAGCAGCAGCUGAGCUUCCUGCCACCGCCCUGGGGCGAUUGCAGUUCAGCAUCUCUGAACCCCAACUAUGAGCCAGAGCCCUCUGAUCCCCUGGGCUCCCCCAGCCCCAGCCCCAGCCCUCCCUAUACCCUCAUGGGGUGUCGCCUGGCCUGCGAAACCCGCUACGUGGCUCGGAAGUGCGGCUGCCGAAUGGUGUACAUGCCAGGCGACGUGCCAGUGUGCAGCCCCCAGCAGUACAAGAACUGUGCCCACCCGGCCAUAGAUGCCAUGCUUCGCAAGGACUCGUGCGCCUGCCCCAACCCGUGCGCCAGCACGCGCUACGCCAAGGAGCUCUCCAUGGUGCGGAUCCCGAGCCGCGCCGCCGCGCGCUUCCUGGCCCGGAAGCUCAACCGCAGCGAGGCCUACAUCGCGGAGAACGUGCUGGCCCUGGACAUCUUCUUUGAGGCCGUCAACUAUGAGACCGUGGAGCAGAAGAAGGCCUAUGAGAUGUCAGAGCUGCUUGGUGACAUUGGGGGCCAGAUGGGGCUGUUCAUCGGGGCCAGCCUGCUCACCAUCCUCGAGAUCCUAGACUACCUCUGUGAGGUGUUCCGAGACAAGGUCCUGGGAUAUUUCUGGAACCGACAGCACUCCCAAAGGCACUCCAGCACCAAUCUGCUUCAGGAAGGGCUGGGCAGCCAUCGAACCCAAGUUCCUCACCUCAGCCUGGGCCCCAGACCUCCCACCCCUCCCUGUGCCGUCACCAAGACUCUCUCCGCCUCCCACCGCACCUGCUACCUUGUCACACAGCUCUAGACCUGCUGUCUGUGUCCUCGGAGCCCCGCCCUGACAUCCUGGACAUGCCUAGCCUGCAUGUAGCUUUUCCGUCUUCACCCCAAAUAAAGUCCUAAUGCACCA